CAGAGGUGCAAUUCCGGUGCAUACAGCAGAACUAGUCGGCCUGGCGAGCUGCACGACAGUACAUACACCUAGGUCGGAGAUUGACAUACACAGACACGCACACACACACACACACACUCGCACCCGCCACGCCCAGCAUGGACGACAUGCAUGCGCCGACUGUGACGUCGGGCCCGACGUCGUCCGGGCACUCCAACGGCGUCCCCAAGGAGCAAUUGACGCUGCAGGAGCUCAUGGCGGAGAAAGACCGCGUCGAGGCAGAGCUCAAGGCGCUGGGCCAGGUGUUGGAUUCGCACGGCGUUCGCAUGACGACUGGCCUGACCACGCUCGACGGCUUCCCGCGCAGCGACAUCGACGUCGCCCAAGUGCGCACUACGCGGGCGCGCAUCAUCCGGCUGAAGAAUGACUACAACGACCUCAUGUCGCGCAUCGAAAAGGGCCUCCACGAACACCACGCGCGGCUCGCAGCAGCACAGGCAAACGAUGCGGCGACGGCCCGGCAGCCGCUCGAGGCAGCGGUGGCGCCGGCGGGCGGGCUGGAGGCGCCGUUUGCAAAGGUCAACAGCGUGGUGGCGGGCAGCCCGGCCGACGCAGCGGGCCUGCGCGUGGGCGAUACGAUAACGCGGUUUGGCUGGGUCGACUGGACAAACCACGAGAGGCUGGCGCGCGUGGCCGAAGCCGUGUCGCAGAGCGAAGGCGUGCCUAUUGCCGUGAAGGCGCUGCGUGCCAGUGCCUCGGGCGGCCCCGCGGAGAGCAUUCAGAUGCAGCUCACGCCGCGACGCAACUGGGGCGGGCGAGGCCUGCUGGGCUGCCACCUGCUGCCCAUGUGAGGCCGGGCGACGAGGCGGCUGGGAAUGACGUCAGUUGGCAUUGGGCUGUCCAUGCGCGGCGGCAUCGACGGCGGACAAAGGCGUGCGUGGCCAGGCAUGGCAUGGCAGGGCAUGGCACGGUAUCACGGCGUGCUGGCGGGCAGCGGGUGUGGGCAGGUAAUCAUGCUGCCACUACCAGGCACACUGGCAGAUAGGCCUGGCGGCCGUCAUGGGUCGAUGUUAAUAAUGGCGCUUGCUGCGUGGCGCUCUGGGUUUGGGUCAACAAGCACAAUGGCAGCAGCAGCAGCAGCAGCAGCAGAGCAGGAUGCCCGGUGGCGGCCUUGUCUGCGCACCUGGGGCCAGCCCAGACAAACCACGGUG